AAAAAACCUUGCAUUGGGUGGAGCUUGCUUAGCGGUUAAACCAUCAGGGAUCGGAGGGUACAACGUUAAGCGGGAGUGGCGUUGGCGAGAUUUCAUCCCGGGCUUGACCAUAUUUACGUGCUAGCAGUCGGCGGAAGACUAGCGCCAUUCAUCUUCAAUGGGUUUAAAGAUCCGGACCACCCAAAAUGCGACGAGGUACUUUUAAGAUCCAUAGCCAGCAUCAAUACAGUGCAUAUCCUUACGACGCCAUGGAGAACACCACAGAUGACGGAAGUUGGUGCGACACUUCUAACGCUACAACGUCAAUUGACGUUCAAGCAGUCCCUACGGAUCUUGAUUUCUGGAGCCAGAUUAUUUUCUCGGACCCAGAAACGCUGGCUCAAGACUCACAGGCCUUUGCGAACUCUAGCAUCGACAGCAUGAUCAUGGCAGCGCCGGACGUCCCGAAUAACUCCUCUAGUAACCAGGAUUUGCCGUAUCAUUUGGACACCGAGAUGCUCUGGCUAGACCAGCUUGCUUCCCAAAGCUACAAUUUGCACACUGAACAGUCGACUGAAGCUACCAGGGAGGAGGUGCCCACUGACCAGUCGAAUGAAGCUAUCAGGGAGGAGGUGAAGGAACUCAGGGACGCAGAGCUUGUCACAGUGAAAGGUCAGUUUCAGACGGCCAAUUCGGAGCUGUACACGAUCAAAUCAAACCAUACGCAGCUCCUACGCUGGACGCUGGAUAUGGGCGAGACCGUGAAAGCACUUCUGAAAUGGCUUGCAGAGAAUAUGGGAGCGCAUAUUGUGGGCCAGGAAGGGCAUCAGGUAGAGGAACUAGGGUCGUGGCUAGAUCAUACUUCUGAGAGCUGAGGAGCGGAUAUGUAGGAGGAAGCGAUCUCAAGCGGACGAGGUUAGAGACAUGUGAUUCACGUAGCUCGCAACCAAAACUUCGCUCGGUUUCUUUCUUUGUCGCUACAACCUAUGUAAUAGAAGUCCACAAAAAGAGGGCACUUCGGGUGGCCAGCAGGAAAUGGAGGUGAUAACUUCGGUGUCUACCUCGCUUACUCCACCUCAUCAAUGCAUUUAUACUACG